CCGCUGGGUCUCGGCAUGAAUUAAGAAGCUGGAAAGAUGGAGCGCCGCACACUCCUCGCCCAGCCCAGGCUCUGGACCAGGGACAUCAGCUGGACACUUCUCUAUUUCCUCUGCUACGUCCUUCCCCAGACCGCACCGCAAGUACUCAGGAUCGGAGGGAUUUUUGAAACUGUGGAAAAUGAACCCGUUAAUGUUGAAGAAUUAGCGUUCAAGUUUGCUGUCACCAGCAUUAACAGAAAUCGAACUCUGAUGCCUAACACCACAUUAACCUAUGACAUCCAGAGAAUUAACCUUUUUGAUAGUUUUGAAGCCUCACGGAGAGCAUGUGACCAGCUGGCUCUUGGUGUGGCUGCUCUCUUUGGCCCUUCCCACAGCUCCUCUGUCAGUGCUGUGCAGUCUAUUUGCAAUGCUCUUGAAGUUCCACAUAUACAAACUCGCUGGAAACACCCCUCGGUGGACAACAAAGACUUGUUUUACAUCAACCUCUACCCGGAUUACGCGGCCAUCAGCAGAGCGGUCCUGGAUCUGGUCCUCUACUACAACUGGAAAACAGUGACUGUGGUGUAUGAAGACAGCACAGGUCUAAUUCGUCUGCAAGAGCUCAUCAAAGCUCCCUCCAGAUAUAACAUUAAAAUCAAAAUCCGCCAGCUGCCCUCUGGGAAUAAAGAUGCCAAGCCUUUACUCAAGGAGAUGAAGAAAGGCAAGGAGUUCUAUGUGAUAUUUGAUUGUUCACAUGAAACAGCCGCUGAAAUCCUUAAGCAGAUCCUGUUCAUGGGCAUGAUGACUGAGUAUUAUCAUUACUUUUUCACAACCCUGGACUUAUUUGCUUUAGAUCUGGAACUCUACAGGUACAGCGGUGUAAAUAUGACCGGGUUUCGGCUGCUCAAUAUUGACAACCCUCACGUGUCAUCCAUCAUUGACAAGUGGUCCAUGGAGAGGUUGCAGGCCCCGCCCAGGCCCGAGACCGGCCUUUUGGAUGGCAUGAUGACAACUGAAGCUGCUCUGAUGUAUGAUGCUGUGUACAUGGUGGCCAUUGCCUCCCACCGGGCUUCCCAGCUAACCGUCAGCUCCCUACAGUGCCAUCGACACAAGCCAUGGCGCCUUGGACCCAGAUUUAUGAACCUGAUCAAAGAGGCUCAAUGGGAUGGCUUGACUGGGCGUAUCACCUUCAAUAAAACCGAUGGCUUGAGGAAGGAUUUUGAUCUGGACAUUAUUAGUCUCAAAGAGGAAGGAACUGAAAAGGCUGCUGGCGAAGUAUCUAAACACUUAUAUAAAGUGUGGAAGAAGAUUGGGAUUUGGAACUCCAACAGUGGGCUUAACAUGACGGAUGGCAACAAAGACAGGUCCAAUAAUAUCACUGAUUCACUGGCCAACCGAACACUCAUCGUCACCACAAUUCUGGAAGAACCCUACGUGAUGUACAGGAAAUCUGAUAAGCCCCUGUAUGGAAAUGACAGAUUUGAAGGCUAUUGCUUAGACCUAUUGAAGGAAUUGUCAAACAUCCUGGGUUUCAUUUAUGAUGUUAAACUCGUUCCUGAUGGCAAAUAUGGAGCUCAGAAUGAUAAAGGAGAGUGGAAUGGAAUGGUCAAAGAACUUAUUGAUCACAAGGCUGAUCUGGCGGUGGCUCCUCUUACCAUCACCUACGUGAGGGAGAAAGUCAUCGAUUUCUCCAAGCCCUUCAUGACCCUGGGCAUCAGCAUUCUCUACCGGAAGCCCAAUGGCACCAAUCCAGGCGUCUUCUCCUUCCUCAACCCCUUGUCUCCUGACAUAUGGAUGUAUGUGCUCUUAGCCUGCUUAGGAGUCAGUUGUGUCCUCUUUGUGAUCGCAAGGUUUACACCUUACGAGUGGUAUAACCCCCACCCAUGCAACCCUGACUCAGACGUGGUGGAAAACAAUUUUACUUUACUAAAUAGUUUCUGGUUUGGAGUUGGAGCUCUCAUGCAACAAGGAUCAGAGUUGAUGCCCAAAGCUCUCUCAACCAGAAUAGUUGGAGGGAUAUGGUGGUUUUUCACCCUAAUCAUCAUUUCAUCCUACACUGCCAAUCUGGCUGCCUUCUUGACAGUAGAGCGAAUGGAAUCCCCCAUUGAUUCAGCAGAUGAUCUGGCAAAGCAAACCAAGAUAGAAUAUGGGGCAGUCAGAGAUGGAUCAACAAUGACCUUCUUCAAGAGAGUGGUUAGGUGCUGUCAUUAACCUCAAGGACCUUUCAAGAAGGUUACUGAGCGCUGCACCAGUGGAGCUGAAGCAAUGAGCCAUUAUGGGGAGACAGGUUUCCAACAGAAAUAGUCAUAUAAAGAAGCACAAAAUGAAAGGUACUUCACAAAUUUCUCUGCAUCGGAAAGCCCUCUUUCCAUAAGACAUAUUAGCUCAUGUUUGAAAGAUCUACCUAAUUCUACCAUUAGUGUCCAAAAUUAAGUCCCUAUGGUCUAAAAAUAUAUUUGUUUAGGGAGAAAUCCAUGAGGUCAAUUAAAGUUAACCUUUUUCAAAGCCUGAUAUAGUGCCUGUAAUGGGCCCAUCUUUAACUCUAGACAGGAGAAAACCAUGAAAAAUGUUCUAGCAAAGGUGUUUAAAUCCCGCUGAGGGAAUUUUUUAAAGGGAACACAUGAAUUUUUAAAACCUUGGAGAUUCUGCAAAUGUCAUAACUUUCUAUCAAUUCAAAAUAAAAGCAUAAUCAACUGCAGUGAUCAUAUUAUAUACAUUUGAAAGACAGAGGCAUCUCACUAUAGUAUAAAUGCCUUCAUCGGAGAGUCUUCCUUCAAAGUGAUUUUUGUAAGUUAAAUUAUAUUUUAAGGCUCCAUGAGAAUUUAUCAUUUCAUUAAAUAAUACAUCUAAUCAUGUGUUAGAGGAAAUGGUUGUUUAUAAGGCAACUAUUAAUCUUUGCAAAAUUUGCCUCACAAAUUUGGAUUUCUAUGUGGCUGAUUUCCAUGUUGAUUUUUAGAACUUCCAUUUUAUAGACAUAUCCCUUGAACAUUUCAUUUUUUUCUUAAAUCAGGAUUUAUCUAAAGUCAAAGUAAAUUGGAGAUGAGAUAUUACGAUGUAAUUUUUUUUGGUAUUUCAUUUGUUCAAUAUGCCUCUAUUUACCAUUUUGAUAAGCUAAUACAAUCAUAUAUCAAUAAUCAUCCUCAGUGUAUAUGUGUGGUGGGGGGUUAUGGAUAUAUGUAAAAUAAGCUUAUAUAAAUAGCUUUCUAUAUAUAAAAUCUUUACACAUAUUGGUCUAAAGCAGAAUUGCAUAGUUGUCAUUCUACUAAAUAAUAGAAUUAUACAUCUUCCCUGUAGAAGUGCUAUAAUCUGGUUGAAAAAAUUCUGUGAUAAAUAAUGCUUAUCUCAGUAAAAAUGAAAUGUUCAAGGGAUAUGUCUAUAAAAUGGAAGUUCUAUGAGUCUUAAGACAUUAUUACACUCCAGAGUUUACUCAUACUUCAUAUGUCAUAUUGGAAGCCCUGUAACUGAAAGAAACUAUGUGUAACGCAAAAUACUUAAGGAAAGAAAUAUAAACAAUAUCUGCAUUUCCUUCUAGGUUCCAACUGUUGCACUUCAUAAAACUGUCUAGUUUUUUUUUGUCUGAACAAUGUGAGCUGCCAAAAUCCAUGUGAAUAGGGCCCGCACAUCAUUUGAUGACUACAGGAGUUGCAGUAUCUCUGAUUAUAAUAGAAAGAUGCCGCAACUACUUAUUGCAAUUAUUUCUUUAGAAAAUUGUGUUAGUGCUGUUAAAACAGUAGCCAAGUCAUGAGUUUGAUGGUCUGUGUAUUAAAGCAAACGUUGAUUCCCUCUUGGUUAAGAACACAAACCCUGGAGGCCAGGUUGCUGAGAUUUCUUUACAUGGUGUUCUGUAACUCAUCUACGAAGGAGAAAUAAUAACAGUAUCUUUCUCUUAUGAUCAUUGUAAAGAUUAAAUAGAUUCAUACAUGAAAAGUGCUUAGCAUAGUCCUGGGCACGCAGUAUACACUGCAUGUGCUGGUUAUUAUAACCAUUUUCAGUAAGUGGUUUUUGAUUGCACAGAGGCCCAUUGUAAAUCAUUCCCCACUGAGUGUUUAUAUUGCAUGUAUUAUGGGAGAAAAAAGAGAAAUAAACAAUGGUCAUCAAAGAGUGAUACAGUAAUACUCCAUUAUAACAGAUUUGCAAUGAAAAAAAUGUUUAUUCUUUGCCAACAAUGUUUCAUCAGCAUCAGAACUGCCACAUAAUUAGGUUUAACUAGACAAAAUAAAUGUAUUUAAACUUGACUCCCCUCUAGGAUUAAAAAAAAGAAAACCUGGAUGAUUUCAGAUUUAAUAAAUGAGGCCUUUUCAGUUUUAGUGACUUUUGAUAAGAAGCUCAGGGUACUUUACAAACAUUCUAAUUAACCUUUGACAUAAUCAGUGAAAUAAGACGCAAUCACUGUUUCUUCAUUUUAAAUAUAUAUUAUUUAGGGCAAUUAAGCAGUCUGCGACCAUACACGAUUUAGAAGUGCAAAACAUCCCGGCUGUCAUUCAAACAGUUUUCUUGGUCUUUUAAUAUUCAUGAUAAUGUUCUAUGAAGUAUGCUCUUAUUUUUAAGAACUAUUAAAAUUUGUGUCUUUAAACUUGUCUAAUUAAAAGGAAUAAAUCAAAUUUAACUACUCUUAAAAUAGUACUUUUUGACCAAGCAAAAAAUAAACAUUAUAGAACAUGAUAUGAUAGUGGACAGAACUCAAGAAUAAGGAGGAAAAAGCCCCUGACUCUGUGUUGGCUCUUUCACUAACAAAUAUGACCUCUAGGUGUCACUUAACUGUCGUUGAAGUCAGAACCGCAUAAGUAACCUGAGAAGGCUGGUCCAGAGAGUAGAACCUGGGGGUUGAAUGAUACUUCAGUGAAACUCUACUUGUAGAGUUUCCAGUGGUAGAAGACUCACUAUAUCCUAAGGUACUUAAGCUAUUGACAGAUAUUUUUAAUGGUUAAAAAAGAUAUUCCCUAACCACAUUCUGGGUCUUUCUCUUUAUCUAAGGCUCCUAGCUUUUAAGACAGACUAUAAUUUCAAACGAAGAAUACAAUGGGCCCCACACCAGCAAACUUUCUAAAUGGUGAAAGAGAAUUUUAAAUGAAAGCAGAAGGGUAUUUUUUCUGUCUAUCAUGUUUGCCAUUAUUACACUGGAGCAAAACUAGGAGGAGGGGGGCCAAAGAAAUUUCCUACACCUUCCACUUGACCAAGUCCUCCACUAAGUGUUAGUUUUCUUACUGAGAAAAAGUUCUGCUCUCAAUGCUUCAAAGUCCAUGUUAGCUAGAUUUCCCUUUCAGCCCCUCAAGGGGUUCAGGCCAAGAACAACUUUCUACUCCAAAAAGGAAGACGUAUAUGUGGUUGAAUUAAAUCCAGAACCAUAGAGCAAUGCUAGUCUAAAUGUGAUGUUGACAAGCGUGCUGACUCAAGGGAAUGUUGUGUUGCCAAGUGUGAUGAGAUAACAAACAAAUUGGAGUAAGCUCCAGCACUUCGAAACACGAUUAGUGGAUAUUUCUCCUUGAAUGUAGACCACUUUGAGGAAUGUCAAACGCCAACAUUGUAAAACCCAUCUGGUGCAGAUGCAUACUGGUCCCAUGUAGUAAGAACCCUAACCCUAACCCAUGGAAUGAAAAAUAGACAGUCCUUCACUACAGAUAAUUUGAGAACCACACCUAAAGAGCUCACAGGUGUGUAGAUUUUGAGUGAAACUUACCAUUUUCUUCCAUGUCCCUCAGUUCUUAAAUUCCUAAAAGACUCCCCCCACUUUGUUGUUUCCCAUGAAUGAACUGAUAGUUUAAUUUUGUCCUCAUCUUCCAUAGACCAGAUAAUCCAGUUUUCUAACUAUUACAACAUUUAGUUUCAAAAAAAUUUAAGUACACUGAAAAAGUGGAUGUUUCAUGGAUUUUUUGUAUAUGGAAGCUAACUCCUAGUUGUUAUACCAAAUAGCAAGCAACCCCAGGGCAUACUAUGAGUUCAUGGAUAUAAGCAUUGUCAUAGGUAGAUCAAAUAAGAUUAAAAUCAUUCUCAAAAGAAUCUUGGUAGGAUAGCCAUCCACACACUCAAAGUCAUUAUGGUGCAAUGGAAAGAGCGUUGAAUUAGAUGUCCAAGGGUCCUGAGGGCCAUAUUGGCUCUGAUACUUACUAGUUUUGUGGCUUUCGUGACAUCUCCACAACUUCUGUACCAAAAUUGCCUCCCCUGUGAAAAUGGGAGUUUGAAUGAGCCAAUUUCUAAAGUCUCUGACAACUUUAAAAUUUCCUAAUUCUAAGAAAAUUAUUUUCCCUUAAGUUAGUUUCCUGAUGGAGGAAUAAUUUUCCCAGCAGUCUGUUUUCGGCCAAAAGACAGGCUGGCCUCCCUGCACUUGUACAAGUAGCCCUUUACUAUAAAGUUAGCAUUAUCAGACACUUCCAGGCUAAAAUUAUCCAACAAAUGAGGCAUUGACCCCCGCCAACCUCAAAAACAUGCCUUUUUCAUGGAGACAUGAGCUCCAACUUGCAGAUAUCUCUGGGGGUGAGGAAUAAUUCACAGGGGCCUAAUCAUGACAGAAUGGUUUCCAUAAAAUACCAGUAUCUAUAAGGUGCUGUUUAUUGAAUUGCUAUUUGUCUCACAAGACCUUUCUCAAGAGGCUCUUCAAAUGCCUAACACUCCAAAAUAAAGCCAUCUGUUCUCCCUUAACUCAUAAAGCCUACAGCAUUAACCCAGGUCUUAAAUAGACUUAGGAAUUGAAUGAGCCCCCAGGAACACUUGAGCAUGAAUAACCACGCUAGAGCUAAUUCCACAGGUAUUCCAUUUAUUGCCUAUGGCCCCAAAUCAUGUUUUAAGCUUCUUUGCACUCCUGAGAUGAUAAGCCCUGAGCCUGCCAAGGAAGCUCUCAUGAGUGUGUGUGGGCACCACAUACAAUGUGAGAGCUGGAAUUAGCUAGGAAUUAUCAGUAAUUCUCAUAAUGCGUUCAACUUCCAAAUAAAUGGAGAGGAAUGCUGAUGCAAAUGAAGACAAAUACAGGAAAAAAUUGAAACAAAUGGAAAUUACAAAAUAAAAUGUAAGUGUCUAUAAUAGAUCACUAUUCAAAAGAACGAAAAAUGUAUACCAAAGCAAUAUGAAAACUUAGGCAGUAUAUUUUUUAAUUUCUUAUAUUAUAUAUGUAUGUGUGUGUGUGUGUGUGGUGUGUGUGUGUAAUUUUUGGCCACACCCAUAGCAUAUUGAGGCUCCUGGAGCAGGAACUGAAUCUGAGCCACAGCUGUGACCUACGCCUCAGCUGCAGCAAGGCUGGGUCCUUUUUCCCACUGUGCCAGAUUGAACUUGCACCUCCACAGCAGCCCCAGCCACUACAAUCAGAUUCUUAACCCACUGUGCCAUGGUGGGAACUCCUAGGCAGUAUAUUUUAACAAAGCAAGUAAGAUUCAUGAGACUGCGGAAUGUAUAGAUGCAUACAUACUAUAUAUCAUAUAUAUAGUUUAUCACCAAAUCUAUGAUAUCUUCAUCUUCAAAAAGCUGAAGAAAAAGGGAAAAGGCAAAGUCAUAGAACACGUUCAAAUGAAAAUUCAGUCCUCAUUAUUUAAAAUAUAAUUGCAAUUUAAAAUGAAAUACAUACUUCAAAAGGCAUAAACAUGGAUGGCAUAGAGGUUAUCAUACUAAGUGAAGUUAAGUCACAGAUAAAUAUGAGAUCACUAAUAUGUGGAAUCCAGUAAAAAAUGAUAUAAAGGAAACUUAUUCACAAAACAGAAGCAAGUUCAAAGAGUUUUAAACCAAAUUUAUAGUUACCAAAGGGAAAACACUGGGGGGAGGGAUGGACUGGGAGGCUGAGAUUGGUGUAAACACACUACUAUAUACAAAAUCAGUCAGUAAAGGUCCUACUUUAUGACUCAGGGAAAUCUGUUCAAUACUCUGUUAUAGCCUAUAUGGGAAAAGAAUCUGAAAAAGAUAUAUAUAUGUAAAAUAAAUAAAUAAACUAUGUUUAAAAGGCAUAUAUACACACACACACAGUAGGAAGAGUUUUCUGAUCUGAAUUUUAAUUCAAAAAGAGCAUUUGUACUUAAGUUUUCUAGAAAAGAUGAAGGUGAUUGGAAGUUCUUUCAUAAAUAAAGCAGAGAAAGUAUGCGAUUUAUGCUAAGGCUGUGCCCUGCACAGGAAACGUAUUGAAACUUACAUAUCAGAAACCAGCAAAACAUGCCUACCGAAGUUGUUGUUAAAGGGAAAUAGAACAAAUGAGUGGAGUCCUGGGGUAGCUGUCACCCUUGGCCCAGUGGGCCUUGAGGACUUGUUCUUAAGUGGCCACAGUUUGUUAGGUAGAUGCCAUCAUUGAUACCAGUGUUCUUUCUUCCCUACUGAAAUCAGCAAAAGGACCUUGAGGCAAUGUCUCACAUCCACCCAGCGAGAUCUCCUUUUCCUCCAUAGCUGCCUCGGUGCCUCUAAGGGAUUGAUUGUAGUGAACUGGGUUCUUUUCAACUACCAAUCUGAAGUCCCAGGAACAUCAGUAUCGGUUUUCCCGCCUAAAGAGAAAGAAUCUUCCUUCUGCUGUUUGAACCCCUGGAAUUUUGAACAGCUUUAGGACAUAUUUUCUCAGCACUCUCUGCCGGUGGGUGUGCUUUCUUU